AUGAAUGAGAUAAUACAGGAACUCGAAGGAAUUCCAUUGUACCAUACUAUUCCAGUUGAUUUAACGACAAAGAUGACAGAGUGUAUAAUGAAGAAAACAAAUUUGGGUAACGAUUUAUUGAAUUUCAUUUCCAAAAUAUCAUGUGAGAGGAGUGAAUUGAUCAACGAAUUUUGUAAUACUCCCUGUGAUAGGGUAUUAGAAAUGGUUCGUAAAUACGUCUCAAAAAUUGUAGCAUUCUUUUUGUUUUAUCAUGAAAAUUGUGAGUUUCAAUGGGAUACAAAGACCGUAAAUUGGAUAGGAGAGAUAACGAUGGUUAUUCUUAACACUUCGACAUGUAGGCUGAAUGAUGUGAAAAACAAACACAAUGACGAUGAAGUGGUAUAUAUAAUAAACACGAAUAUCGGGAUGAUUGACAAAUUGAUUCAAGUACAAUCAAUCAUUCAGAACACAGUGACUGAUGACGUCAUUUUCAUUCGAAACAUACACAUAAUACUUCAACAAUACUUUCUUCUGAAAAUCACUGAAAAUGAUGCACACGUGACAACAUUAUUCAGUUUAGUUCACGCAAAUGAAAUGUUGGUUUCGAAAAUAGAACAAAGCGAUACAAUGAAAAAGUACAUUGAAAUCUUCACGAGGUUCAACUCUUUGAUCGGAAACCUGAAAGUCAACAAAAACGCGUUGAUGGCAUCUGUACAAGCAAUACCAUUCGAGUUGGACCAAAUCGAUAUUGGCUCGUUUGCGAUAAAUAAAACAGCGCAAACGCCAAGAGUUGUACAAAAGGAACAAAUAGAAGACUUCAAACUGAUCAAGACAAUGCUUCAAUUGAGUAAGCAAACACAAAAGAAUGAGAUGAAUGCCUUGAAUGUAAUUGGUUUAUUCUUUGCGAUAAAAAGUCCUAAUGAACAGCCAGAAGAAAUUUCUCAAUGGAAAGAUGCGAUAAAAAAUACUGGAGAACAUUUUGAUAAAUUUUCAAAUGAAAAUGAGCAACUCAAAAAACAUUUUUUGGAAAUUUUUGAGAAUUUGAAUUCAAAAUUCGACGACGUUGCGAUAAAAGGUGGAAUUAUUGACCCAAAUUUUGUCGAAGCAGUCGACAAAAUGUUUUCAAAAAAUCAGCGAGCGCAAUGGGAGUUUUCUGACAACUGCGUUUUGUGGAAAGGCAAAUCUGAUAUAAUCAAAACUGCACUUUCGAGAAAUCUUUCCGUUGAAAAAGUGCAGAUUUGUUCCAUUGAAGCAAUAGAAAAUUCUUAUCAAAAGUUCAUAACUUUGUCAACACACCGAAACGAAUUAUUUGCAAAAUAUGUCGCAAUGAAAAAUGAAUUCAAAAAGGGAAAGAUAGUUGACACAACCAAACUCAAAGAAGACGUUCGUUUUGUUGGGAAUGGGCUUCCACAGAUAUUAGAUGAGUGGAGUCAUUCGAUCGAUGAAAUAAAAAAACUGAUAUACCUUCCAAAAUACCGAAAUGCUGAAAUUGAGGAAUUGUAUCAGCUCUAUUUGUUAUCGAAUGAACUUAACGAAAGUUAUAACAAAUGUUUAAAAAUCUUCAAUGACUUUUCGGAGUUGGCGCAUUCCAUUGAGAAGAAUCUUCAAUAA